CUUACCUACUCGUGUAACAGAAUAAGUUGAUAAUUGAUAUCCCAAGAAUAAAAUACCCUGUAUUUGACACGAUGUACUAUUGAUUUAUUUUUUGACAAGGGAAAACGUUAUUAUGAACGAUAUUAUGGAUUCAGAAAGCGAAAACUUGCCACAAGAAAAUAAAUUAGUCACUGAGGAAGAACUACUUAAACGCCCAUACAUUACACCCGAAGAUGUUUUGAUGCUCCCUUCUAUAACACUAGGUUAUUUAUGUGCACCAGAAGCAAAUAUUUAUGACAUAGAAUUUUUGAGAUUCAAAAUCCGUGACAUGGACAGUGGAGUUGUGUUAUUUGAAAUCUCUAAGCCAGGAAGAGUACUUGAAGGCUUGCCUUCUGUUGGUACAAGUGGAAGUAGAUACGUUCGUUACCAAUUCACACCACACUUUUUGGAGUUAAAAACCGUCGGCGCCACUAUAGAAUUUAGAGUUGGUAGCCGGCCAAUAACAAAUUUUCGAAUGAUUGAACGCCACUACUUCAGAGACAGGCUGCUGGAAAGUUUUGAUUUUGAAUUUGGCUUCUGCAUACCCAACAGCUGCAACUCAUGUGAACAUAUAUAUAAAUUUCCCCAUUUACCACCUCACCUGAUUAAAGAGAUGAUUAAAAAUCCUUAUGAAACUCGCUCAGACAGCUUUUACUUUGUGAAUAAUCAGCUGAUCAUGCACAAUAAGGCUGACUACGCUUACACCGCAGUCCCAGAGCAUCCUUGAAUCUAGCGAUUAUUCUUAUGUUUUACUUUGUUCAAUGAGUUAGUUUGUAAUAAAUACAAAAACAAACAAAAAAUGGUUUCAUGUUAAAUAUAUAUUUUUACGGAGAGCUCAUUUGUUAACACGCGUAUAAAUUAUUUCACAUUAGCGUUAAACUUACAAAUUCUGUUCUGAAGACACUUUAACACCUAACACAUUUGAAUACACACUGAAUUUUGUUAUAUUUAAUAGACUUUCUUCUCUCAGACAAAAACACUUGCAAAAUACCAAUUCAUGCACGGACUAUCUCAUUCGCUCACUUAAAUUUAUCAAAUAAUGUUGUAUACAAUAAAUAUAUUUUGUAAAUAAUGAUUAUUCGGAGAUCGUGA